AAGCUAAAAAGCACUUCAAAAUAUAUUUAUCAGACUCUGUUUUUGAAUGGUGAAAACAGUGACGUUAAAAUAUGCGCCCUGGGAGAAGAAUGGAACUUGCACAAGAUAUACCUCUGUCAGUCUGGCUACUUUUCAAGUAUGUUCAGUGGGUCUUGGAAAGAAUCAGGAAUGGACACAAUAGAAUUGGAAAUUCCUGAUCAGAAUAUUGACAUAGAAGCCUUACAGGUUGCCUUUGGCUCACUUUACCGGGAUGAAGUAUUAAUAAACCCUAGCAGAGUCAUUGCCCUUCUGGCAGCUGCCAGCAUGUUACAGCUGGAUGGCUUAAUACAGCAGUGUGGUGAGACAAUGAAGGAAACAAUUAAUGCAAAAACUGUGUGUAGUUACUAUAAUUCUGCGGGAACAUAUGGAUUAGAUUCUUUGAAAAAAAAGUGUCUUGAGUGGCUCUUGAACAACCUGAUGACCCAUCAGAGUGUGGAACUCCUCAAAGAGCUCAGCAUAAACCUCAUGAAACAGCUGAUCAGUUCCUCUAACCUGUUUGUCAUGCAAGUAGAGAUGGACAUCUAUACUGCUCUAAAGAAGUGGAUGUUCCUUCAGCUGGUGCCUUCUUGGAAUGGAUCCUUGAAACAGCUUUUAAGUGAAGCAGACGCCUGGUUCUCCAAGCGCAGGAAAGAUUUUGAGGCCGGGAUCUCAUUCUUGGAAACGGAACAAGGAUAUGCAUUUAUAGCCGUGUUCAAAUAUCUGAGGCUGCAGUAUAUAGUCAGUGAUCUGGCAUCCGCAAGAAUUAUUGAACGAGACAGCCUGAUCCCUGCAGACUGGCUGUUCUCUGUUUACAAGCAGCAGUGGUUUGCCAUGCUUAGAGCCGAACAAGACAACGACAUUGGGCCUCAAGAGAUUAACAAAGAGGAACUAGAAGCAAACAGUAUGCGGUGUGGCAGAAAACUUGCCAAAGAUGGUGAUUAUUGCUGGCGAUGGACAGGCUUCAACUUUGGCUUUGACCUGCUGGUCACAUACACCAACCGUUACAUUAUCUUCAAACGCAACACGCUAAACCAGCCCUGCAGUGGCUCCAUCAGUUUGCAGCCCCGGAGAAAUAUCGCUUUCAGGCUGCGCCUGGCUUCCUUUCAUAGCAGCGGAAAGCUUAUUUGUAGCAGAACUGCAGGAUACCAGAUACUAACCCUCGAAAAAGAUCAGGAACAAGUAGUGAUGAAUCUGGACAGUAGACUGCUGGUCUUCCCUCUGUAUAUCUGCUGCAACUUCCUGUACACUUCCCCUGAGAAGAGACGAGAGAACGGUGGGCAGUGAGGCUGACUUUUGAAACGCCUUUGUGUGGCCACUUUCAAUUGGAAGCUCCUGGUGCCUUGAAAGAAACAUCGUGAAAUGGGCUCAUCUAUUGAAGGAAAAGAGAGAGGAAUCUGGUAUCCUAACCUAAUGCAUCAGAAUACAAGCCCUGGCAGCUCCAGCUGGCAUGACUAACUGGUGAGGUAUGUUGGGAGCUGUGGUUUUUAAGGAACUGUAAGCCACAGGCUCCCCCCCCCUCCCCCCUCGCCUCUUCACAUUCCCGUGCCCGUCUGAAUAGCUGAAACUAUUUACAAGGACCCCGUUUUCUACCAGUUUCCUGACAGUACAGAAAGAAUUUGAACACAGUUCAUUAACUAGGCCUGCUUCAUUAAAGAGAGUAGGGUGAUAUGUCAAUAAAGCCCACCAAUUAACUUUAAUAGAGAACACACUAUUUGUUAUGAUCUCUUGAUUUGUUCUUCCGACCAAGUUAAGGGUCAGUUCCUGGGUUAGUGAAAUCUCGGGAUUGUUUUUAAUUCAUUAUACUUGUAAAUACUUCCUAUUGAGUUGAAAACUUUGUAUAAUAUACCUUGUUUUGUUUCCAAGAAAUAUAUAUUUUUAAACACGGAUUGUAUUUUUUAAGAGUCAUUUUGUAGAAUCCAGCUGCCUCAAUUCAGCAUUUUUAAUUCAUCAGGUCCAUCAUUUAAUUCUUGGAUAUACUUUUUGGUUUUUGACUUGAAGCAAAAAAAAGAAGAUCCCGAAGCGAGUGGGUCAGCCACUGCCAGUCAGGAGGCCCCGUCCUAUCCUGUUAAAUACAAGCAUCGGAAGGCCUUUUUUUUUACUGAAAUCAGACUCGGAGGGGGAAUGUAAAUCCCAUCUUCAGGAAUUUAGAACUUAGAAAAAAUUUAGAAUUCAGAAAAAGAGUUGCACUUUUUUUAUUUGAACACUUUCUUUGCAUAAGAUUGCUAUUCCAAAAAUUGUCUAUCUUUAAACACUUGCUAUAAUAUUUAAUUCAAAAUAUAUCCCUCAUGAGUUAUGAAGAUAAAAUAUCUUGGACAGUGAAACAAUGACAGAUUGAAAAUAAACUAGUAUCUGUAGUUUAGAAUUCUUCAUUGUUUAUUUGGUUUUGGGGAGGAUUCAUUAAAAACAAUUGCUAAUCCUGGCUUCUUUUAUACGCAGUUUUGUAACCCAACAAGGACUCACCUAUUUUGUUUUUCUGGGAGAUACUUUGCCAGGUACGGUAUAUUAGGUGUAAUCCUGUGCUAGCACAUUAAAAUUACACAGCUUGAUAUUGAAGGUAAAAUUCAAGUUAAUUCAAUUCAAUUCCAAAAGGGGAAAGUGUGGUCCUUGUGGCUGCAGAACUAUUCCUGCCACAAUGGGUGGACUGCUUGCGGAAGGCUGUUAGCAGGGUUACUAGAAUGUGUUCAGUGACAAAUUUACAGAAAUCCACUUUAGCCUAGUCAGGACAGGUUUCCGCCCAGUGCUCGCAAGCAGGUAAAUAUUGAUCUCAAAAAAGGGCAGCGUUUGUAGCUGAGGGCUGAAGGGAAGGGUGGUUUUCUUGCAGAUGUUCCAUGACCCAAACUAAGUGACCUGAAUGGUACUUACUCAGCAGGCUGAAUAUUAAUGCUGAAUAUUUUUAUUUACAAGGAUGUCUUUUGCCCCACUGGAAUCUCCCUGAUAAGAGAGUAGCAAUAGCACUUAGACUUAUAUAGCGCUUCACAGGGCUUCACAGCACUCUCUAAGGCAGGAUGUCAAACGUCGAGGCCCGGAUCUGGCCCACGGGGCUGGCCUGGAAAUAGCAGAGGACCAUCCUGCAGGGCCUCUGGCAACCAAAAUGCACACACACACACCGUUUUUGGCCUGGGCAGCCUCCUGCAGCACUCUGAGCCAAAAUGGGAUGGAACACACAGCCUCCUGAUUGUGAGGCAAGAGAGCUCCACCUCUAGGCCACUUCUCCACUCGGUUGUCGUCUUAAAUUAAAAGAACUCUUUCAGAAGUUGUUUUCUGAGCUGCAGGAUAAAAUAUAAAUAUGACAAGUUCUUUCUUUCCCACCCUAACCCCAAUGAAAUCGUUUUGCUCCAGGAGACGUCACACAAAUGUAUUUAUUUUGUCAGGAGGGGGGAUGGGUUAUAGGCCAAACCACCUGGAAGUGUAGAGUUGUGGGUUCAACCCAGAUGAGGGAA